CGACCGCCGUCAACGUCAAUACGGCGGCGCACGAGCUUAUCGUUAAUGUUAACGUAAACGGAAACUCUCGGCGAAUGUAAACGCGUACUGCGAUGACGUGUAAGUAGAGGAAGCGUGUGUCGUGUCAGCCUUGUGUUUAGUUGAUGCGUGGUGCAACGACGACGUAAAAAGUCUAGAAGGUUUAGGGACGCCGGAUGAGAGAGGACGCCCACAGGGAGUGGGGUAGACGUGCAACACGGACUUAAUGCUCUCUGGGCAACGACGACGAGUUGCGUUUUGCGUCUGUGCAUUACGUUUACGUUGUCGCGCACGAAAUUGAUGUUUAGAGUUGUGACGUUGGGCUCGUCGACGUGUCGCCGCGUCUACCUGACUGAUAACGACUGAGACGCGUCCAUGUCAACGAUUGAUAACCGGGACUAACCCGUACGUCGCCUAGGAUUUAUUUCGAGUGUAUCGUGACGGAAGGAGUGAAAAGACGAAAGCUGAUUUUUCGUUCGGGAUUCGGCAGGAAUUUGCGUGCUGAGGGACGAGGAGAUUGUUUUGAGGUUAGGGAACGUGGAAGGUUGACAUUUUUGUACAUUUAUCGUGACUUCGGUCCUUAUUCACCUCUGUAGGAAGAUUUGUUUUGGUUUGUCUUGAACUUGUAGGCAUUAUGAGAAGUCCGGUCUUCUUGAUUCAGAUCAUUGUACAUUAAAUCUGGAUAAAUGAUUCGUCAGAAUGUUUCUUUACCGUUCAUUCGUCGUAUUUACAUGGACGUAUUAUUGUACAGUCCUAGAUAAAGAUUUGUGAUGAGUAUUUUUUUUCUUCCGUUUUAUGUAAGAACGCACAAAAUCGUCUCCUCGCACGCAAGCUCCCGUUAAGUGCUAUGACUUAAUCAUCAGUUACGCAAACGCGAUGCGUGGGUCUGAUAAAUAAAUGUUAUUAUACCAUCCACAGAUAAAAAGGAUGUAUCGUAUCCGGUUUUACGCCGGAAAAUAAGUAGGGCAUAAGUGACGAGGUUUGGCAAUACGUAACCCAAGUAUUAAAUCGACAAUAGGUAAAAAUAUUGACGUAAAAAAAUUAAUGCAAAGAUUUAUUAAGAAAGUGGUAAACUAAUUAACGCAAACAAAGUGCUCGUUAGUGAUUCUAUCAACGGAAAGAGACGAUGUAUCAUCUUUAGCGACCGUACAUACGAUACUCGUGCAUCGAAAAGACCUUUAAGAGAUUAAUCAUAAACGAUCGACAAUCAACAUUGUGUUCCAUACACUUGGCAUACGGUCAAGGUUGUCAAACGUCAAGACGUUUAAUAUCUGCUAUAAUAUGGUAUAAUACCGUGGACGUAUAAUUUUCGAGGAAAAAAAAUUUAACUAAAAUCCAUUGCGUGUCGACGAGCGAUUGCGCGUCCAUCGUUCACUGUAUAAAAAUCGGAUGAGAUUAAUUUGCCGAUUUUAUUAUCGACUUUCGUACAGCUGGCGUUUGGAUGAAAUAUCCGUUUCAUCGCGAAUCAAUGGGACGUACCAAUAGGAAGUUGGUACGAAUUUGUGUUGGUUAAUCAAUCGCCAUGUACUCGGGGCAGAUGUUCAAUUGGGAGAGAUGCUGCGGAUCGGAUAGAAGUACCUGUUUACAUAUCGCGCGUUCGCGGCCUCGAGCUUUCGGUUACGUAAAGUAGUCGCGAGGACGAUUCGAAAGAGCCGAAAGUUACGUUGCUCGUGUAGAAAAGUAAGGGAGGAUUUUGGCCGAACGAACCUGCCGAGUUGUAUUGCCGAAAGUGGGGCUGUGCAACUUUGAACAAUUUGCGCGAGAUUUGACAAAUUGUGUGUGCAGACUAACAUUUUCUUGUGACGAAUAUACGUAGAUCUUGCUUCAAGGGAGGAAAGGGAGAAUCGCGAAAUUCUCAUAACUUAACGUGUACCGUAUGUGUCUGCUGUGUUGGAAUGAAACUUGUACCGUGGUGAAUAAAGCGAUGCGCUACGGAUAAUAUAUAAAGUUUAAUAAAUACAGUUCGAUAUAAGAAUAAAUAAACUGAAGGUAUUCAUGGGGAUUUCUCUUGUCUCGAAUAACACUGGCAAGAAUCGCUUUAUGUGUCCAUAAAGUAUGAACGGAUCGAUUCGAUGCGCAAACGGAAGGAAUACGAUUCGAGUGUUGAUAAUCUGAGAACGAAAAACAUUUUCGUGACGUCGUGCGUGUGUCUCGUGACGUAAUUUUUAAAAGUGGAGAUACCAAAAGAUUUUGGGAAUCUCGGAAUCGCGAAUCGACGAUAAUGGGCGAUCAUCGAGAGUACAUGAAAAAGUUGUGAUAUACCGUGAAAGGAAAUCAGUUGGAUGUCCAGGUGCGUCUCGAGGGAUGAUCGCGGGCCACGAGAAAUGAAGUAUCGAAAUUUUUUGUUAGUUUUGCUAUGACGCAAUCGUUUAACGUCUUCAGGGCACUUUUCACGAAUUCGUACGAAGGCCUGUGCUAGUAAAUAAGUGAAACGCAAGAAGAAGAAGAACGAAGGAAGUGGGCAUAUAAAUAAAGUCGGAGCAGCAAAAGUGUUCGCGAGUGUCUUAAAGCAGUGGGAGAGAGAGAGAGAGAGAGAGAGAGUGGGUCGACGUGGUGUCUACCAGCGGAAAGAGGGGAGGUCCGUGCGGAUGCGGUGGCUUGGAAUAGGGUGCGCGCGGGUGUAAAGUCCCAGCAAUAAGAAAGGGUUAAAAGUAAGCUUCAGCAAGCUCUGAAUGUUUUGACAUUGAGUGGCGCUAGGGUGUCGACGUGGGGGGCGCGUGGUCUUGCUGCCUGCCGUGCGCCGCCGGCGGCGGCGCGGCUGGGGGUGGUGCAGGAGUCUCGGGGACCACCCCCGAGAGCAAGAAGGGAUCCUUGCACAAGCACCAGCAGCAGGCCAGCCCCGUAAGGGGCGAGGAGGAAGAGCGCGCCCCACUCGGUGACCUUGACGAAGACCUGGAUGACCUGGAGGACGACCCCAGGGAGCAAGAGCUCAAGGAAGAAGACUCCGCUAAGGAAGGUGGUACGCAGCACAGACUCAGUCCGCGACUUCACGACAUCGAGGAAGAGGACGAUGAGGAGUGCCGGCUCACUGGGGAGAGGCAGUAUCAAAAGAAAUCACCGACGCCAAGCAGUGGUGGAGGUGGGAGCAGGUCAGGUUGGAGAGCUCGAAGGAGCGUCACGACGGCCGGCGCCCCCGGACAUCAACACCACGUGAUUGCGACUGCAGCUGCAACUGCACAGGCCAGGAUGCAGGCUGAGCAAGGAAGCAUCGGCGAGCUGCGUGGAUACCACAAUCUACGUUCACGCAGGCACACACUUGCGAACGUUCGUUUCGACGUGGAGAAUGGCGCCUCGACGCUGGACGGCGGCGCGGGGGGCGGUGGCGGCGCUUCGCCGAGCGCCGGUCUCGUACUACAAACUCUACCCCAGAGACGAGAGAGCUUCCUCUACCGAAGCGACAGCGAUUUCGAAAUGUCGCCGAAAUCAAUGUCGCGAAACAGUUCCAUCGCUAGCGAGAGGUUCAAAGAGACAGAGCCGCCUGUCGAGCGAGCGAUAUUUACCGAUCAGUACAGCCAUGGCGAGGAUCUCAUUGUUACACCCUUCGCACAGAUACUUGCUUCUCUGCGCUCCGUCAGAAACAACUUCCUGUCGCUCACCAAUGUGCCGACCAAUAAGUCGCGUAGGAGUAGCGCCGCCCAGGGAAGCAGUACGCCCCAACCGAGGAUCCUGGCACCAGGAGAGGAGCCCUACAUGAAGCUCGCCGUUGAAACGAUGGAGGAACUCGAUUGGUGCUUGGACCAGUUGGAAACCAUUCAGACCCAUCGAUCCGUCUCCGACAUGGCAUCCCUCAAGUUCAAGAGAAUGCUGAACAAGGAACUCUCUCACUUCUCGGAAUCCUCGAAGUCUGGGAAUCAGAUAUCCGAAUAUAUCUGCAGUACUUUCCUCGAUAAGCAACAGGAGCUGGACCUGCCAUCUUUACGUAUCGAGGAUGCUGUGGCCGUAGCCGGAAAUGUCGAUACCAGAGCUGCCAAGAAAAAGGAUCGCGUCCAGAGGGGACCCGCUGCCAUGUCACACAUCAGCGGUGUGAAGAGACCUUUAACUCAUACGAAUAGCUUUACCGGGGAACGCGUACCACUUUACGGUGUGGAGACACCCCACGAAGAGCAGCUUGGAAAGCUGGUCUCAGACAUUGACAAGUGGGGAAUUGACAUCUUCAGGAUAGGCGAACUCAGCAAUAACCGACCCCUGACUUGCGUCGCUUACACGGCCUUCCAGAGUCGCGAUCUGCUCAAAUCUCUUGCGAUUCCACCAAAGACCUUUGUCACCUUUAUGAUGACCCUCGAAGAUCACUACGUAAAGGACAAUCCGUUCCACAACAGUCUGCACGCGGCUGAUGUCACACAGUCUACCCAUACUCUGCUCAAUACACCGGCUCUUGAGUCCGUGUUCACACCGUUGGAAAUAACGGCUGCGUUAUUCGCCGCAACGAUACACGACGUUGAUCAUCCAGGACUCACGAAUCAGUUCCUUAUUAAUUCGAGUUCGGAACUGGCUUUGAUGUACAAUGACGAAUCCGUGUUAGAGAACCAUCAUCUGGCCGUGGCGUUUAAGUUGCUGCAGAACGAGGGCUGUGACAUCUUUGUAAACAUGACGAAAAAGCAGCGUCAGACCUUGAGGAAGAUGGUGAUCGACAUGGUGCUGUCAACGGAUAUGUCGAAACACAUGUCCCUUCUAGCAGACUUGAAGACCAUGGUGGAAACGAAGAAGGUCGCCGGUUCCGGAGUUCUCCUUCUAGAUAACUACACCGACAGAAUUCAAGUCCUGGAGAAUCUCGUGCACUGCGCCGAUCUGUCCAACCCCACGAAACCACUGCCACUCUAUCGCAAAUGGGUCAGUCUCCUGAUGGAAGAGUUCUUCCUGCAAGGUGAUCGUGAACGAGAACAAAAUAUGGACAUUAGUCCAAUGUGUGAUCGUCACAGUGCCACCAUAGAGAAGUCCCAGGUUGGUUUCAUCGACUACAUCGUACAUCCUCUCUGGGAGACCUGGGCGGACCUAGUGCAUCCUGACGCUCAAGAAAUCCUUGACACCCUAGAGGAAAAUCGCGACUGGUACCAGUCGAUGAUACCCCCAUCGCCACCGUCGGACGAUCAGCAACCGAACGAGCAACAGCCCGAUAGAAUACAUUUUCAAGUAACCCUGGAGGAGGGCGACGAGAGCGGCGAGGCUGGCGACGGCGGUGGUGAAGGAAAUGAAAGUGGCGAGGGUGGUGGUGAGACAGAAGAGACGGCUGGCGAAGCUGGGAUGUGACGGAGGCUGGCUGGCAUUUGCAAGAAGCUCCACGAGAAGGUGCAACAAUCCUGGUGGCGCGUACGUCAGUGACGCUAUCCUCUCUACGCUUUCCCCGGAUCGCGAGGUCGCCGACGGCAACGGUACACGUCGUUCUCUCUACCCUCGCGACUACGGGGGCAUGUACCGUGAACCGUUCGUCGACGCGAAGAAGGUGCUUUUAUGGAUGCGCCGAUUGUCCUCUGACAACUUCUGUCCGGUUACGGUUGUUCGCCGGAUAUGGAGGGACGCAGAAGAAGGAGGCAUGAGAGUAGCUGGAAGAACGAGAAGAUAAGAACAUGGAAGUCUCCAAACUGGAAAAUCGAAGAUAGGAACGGAAGAUGGUAGACCGAUGAUGGAGUAUUGGAAGAAAUACUCGUUGUUGAGAACAUCCAGCAGACUCUUUAAGGUCAAACGAUUGUUCAGUGUCGAGGAAGAGCCGCGAUUCUGCAGUUGGCACGAUUCGAUUGACUCGAAUCGGCCAGUGACGUCGCGACGCUUUCGCGACGUCAGUCGCGACGACUCUCAUCGAAGAUGAAGAUUUAAGGAGGACGAAUCUCAUGGGGUGGACGAAUAGCUUGGAGAUACGAAAAGGCAGGAUUGUACCAGUCUGAUGAGUUCGGAUACGAAGUUUGGGAAGCUUCCGAGAAAUCGGGGAUUAGGUGCUCGAUCGUUUUUUUUUUUUGUUUUCUCGAGGGCUACCGGAAGUUCAGAGAAAAUCGAUGACUGUAUCGUGUCCAUUAAUACAUGAGUGGAUAAAGAAUGCGAGACACAAUUUUCAAUGGGAUUUUCUCUCGAGGACCUACACAACGUUCACGAGGAAGAGGAGCGCGUGAGUUAUCGGCAGUUUUGGCAGUUGUCAUUGGACGCGGAGAGUCAUCACACAUUGUUUUUUACCUCUUGUUCAUUCGUCGAUUCUCACUCGUCAGUCCUUUUCAUUUCUCUCUCUUUCUCUCUCCCUGUCUGUCUCUCGUUUCCCGAUUCUCCUCUGAAUCUCGUUUCGCACGGGAUAUUCUUCAGAACAUAUCAAACAGAAUGGUACAAUUAUCGGUAUAUGUCAGACGGCGUGCGAUUCGUAAAACUCGAUGAAUCAAAGAGCCCUGAUAUUUCCGAGUGCUUUUCGGAUCCUUUCAAACCUUUUUGUAUUAUAAUUAUACGCGUUUUUUUCUUACCUCAAGGAUAUUAUUACGAUAAGUUGUGGUUUCGGCAACUGUUGAAAAGAAAGUUUCAAUAAUUACAUUGUCCCACGCGUCACGGUAUAUGCGAAUUAUGCCACGAGCUUAUUAACGGCCGUUACUCUUGAAUCUUGCUGUAAGACGCAUGAACAAUUGUUCCGUUUACGCGCAAAUCAUUCACGUGACAAUCGGUCGUACCUUGAAUCCUUUAAGUUUCUCAGUGUCGGAAUUGCCCCUAAUAAAUGGUUAAUGCGAGAAAUCGUGUAGUCCGCUUUUAAUUUUUCAUUCGUUGGCCUGUGAAUAGAGACUAGGGAUUACUCAAAUGGACCCGUUAGUGUGUCGCCUGUAGUAAAAAAAAAAAGAUUUUAACUCCGCGAGAUUGAUAAGAACGAAUAGCUUGACAACGUACGUUUUCCCAAACGCACACACAAGUACGAAAGAAGAAAAAAACGAGGGAAUAAAAAGAAAUAAAAAAAAGAAUUAAUUGAAUUUUGGAUUUUUGUUUCGAUCAUUCGAUUAAAAUACCUAAGCUAUACAGGUCGAAUACGUAUCUUGAACGUAAUAUUUUGUCUCGAUUGCUUGCUAGAACCUAGACUCGUAAUUAAACUGAUGGCAAAAGGCGACGAAUAACAAAAAGGAGGUCAGAGUUAGCAACCAACACAUAAUUAAAUGAAAAAAAAAAAAGUACACUAGUGAAUAGAAGGGUAUAUUCUACCGUUAAUGAGAAAUAAUUAAUUUUAAUAUACAACUAUAUAAGAGCUGGUCUUUUGGGUUUAUAUUAAAAUUAAUUCGUAACCGCGAACGCUUUUUUUUUUCUUGCGAAACACGAAACCUAAUUAUUAAUUGUUUUUAACCAAAGAUUAAUAUUAGUUAAUUGUAUUACAAUCAUUGGAGGGUCCCACCAAUACGUUUUCGCAAUGAAUCACUUCUACAGCUUGUAGCGACAGUAGCGAAUUUAGAAUUUUAGAUCUUCUUGUAUAUUCGAUGUGAAACCUAUUCGCUUGGAUGUCUCUCUGUGAGCCGCUCAAUUAAUCAAUAAUUGAUCAAAGAUAUUCGAUGAUCGUCCGAGCGACACGUGACGUUUAUGGCUUUUAUGAAAUUCAAAUGACCGACCAGGCAGGCUAUUGGCCCUCUUCAAUCGAAAUCGAAUUGGCAAUCUGUUAAUGGCGUGCCACGCGAUGAAAUCUGGAAAACUUUCUCACACGAAUGUACGCGUGUCGCUCUGAAUAAAAUCGCAAAACAGUAUCGUAUUGGUGGAGCCGACGGGCACGAUGGUAGGAAGUGAAUUUGUUUUUCUUUUUUCUUUUUUGACAAAUCAUCAAAAGAAAUUGUGAGAACGAAACGUUCAGCCGUGCUCGUAUUCGUCCAUCGAAACAGAAAAAUAAAAUGGAAUAGUGAUACAAGUAAUAGACAAAUAUGAUGGACGACGUGAGUGAAUGAAUAAUCGCAAGAAUGUGUAGGUAUGAAAGUAUUUGAUGAGAAGACGUGAAAGAUGGGGGAAAAAAAGAUAAGAAACAAGAGUGCGUUAGUGAAUUAUAAGGAGUUUUAAGUAACGUACCUAAGUUUAAUGUAAUCGUACUAUGAGAAAAAAAAUCUGUAUCUGUGUUGUAGACAUUGAUUCUAGUAAGUGUUUGGUGCUGGUCACCGAAUUUAGAAUUACCGUUAAUAUGAUUACGAAAUACGAUUAUGAUUACGAUUAAGAUGGAUUAACUUAAACGAAGAUGAUAAGAGGUAGCGCGUAAGUUAUGGAGGAAUUAUAUUACUUCGAACAGGACCUGUUCGCUUCAAUGACAAAGCGACAUCGUUUGUACAAAUGAAACAAAAUAUCAACUGAUGUACCUUCGCAUUGACUCAGUACGGUGAAAAAUAAUAAUGUUAAUAAUUAAGAUUAAUCAGAGAACGAGAGUAAGAUAUUGUGAGUGCGACCGUGACGAAGUGUGUGAGAGGUCUAGUUGUAAGAGCGAAAGUGUGGGAGUGAAAGUUAUUGAGAAAGAGCAAAAAUGAAUGAAUAUGAAAAGUGCGAGUGCAGGAGACAAUUUCAACAGACAGAGGAUGCAAAAACAAAAAAGUAACACGAUGAAGAAUUGGUUGUUCGUUUCGAAGGAUCUCGCGGAUGCGCAGGUACCAUACGCAAGAGACCCCUCUUCUAUUCACAGUUUGUCAAUUGUUUGCUAAAGCACUGAUUCUGGCAUAUUAGUUUACGAAUUUCUUAUGCUUCGAAACUACUCUAACGACGAGAAUGUUUUAAAAGUAUGACAUUUUAUGAUGAUUUAAUGAGAUGUGUAAUGAUUAAACAAACAAAAAACAAUGUGUUUGAUUGCUGGACAGUUAAAUGAACAUGUAUUAAUAUCGUGUAACCCUCGUAUGAGAUAUAUGUGUAAUAAAAACAUAUUUAUUGUCGGACAA